GCAAGUCACGUUUAAGAACAAAUUCUUACUUAAAAUGAUUGCCUAGCAAAAGGCUUCUGCGUGGAUGGGGGCUGGGAUUAAAAAUAUAGGACAAACACACAUCACGACAAAAGAGACAACACUACAUAAAGAGAGACAUAAGACGACAACAUAGCAUGGCAGCGACACAACAUGGUAGCAGCACAAAACGGUACAAAGGGCAAGAAAGUAGAGAUUGUUUUGUACAGUACUAAAUAAAUGCACUGUCACGUUCCUGUUUGAAUUGUAAAUAUGAUUUCUAUUCAAUAAAGAGACAUUAAGCAGUUUGUCUUUCCACUUCAUAUAAACGUUUUAAUGUAUAUUUUCAAACAACGCGAGAUUUGAGCAGUGGACUUGAGUCGUGGUCUGACGUCAUCCGAAAAUGGCUACUUCGUCAAAGGGAUUAUAAAAUACGAACACCCGAUACACACUUUCAACCAAACAAUAACAUUAUUAUAAAGGUUUGACCCCAGCGUGAACCCGGAAGCAGUAAUGUCACAGCUGGCCCACAGCGAGCACCUGUUGGAGCAGCUGCGUUGGCAGCGGGAAAGCAACGUUCUGUGUGACAUCACGGUCGUCGUGGGCGACACGCUGUUCCGAGCGCACCGUAAUGUCCUGGCGGCGUUCAGCGGGUUCUUCUCCGCACUGCCUGACAGAGGUCACCUGGUCACAACCCUUAACCCGGAGUUUGUCAGUGGGCAGGCCCUGAACACCCUGCUGAAAUACAUAUAUUCUGGAGAACUACACACUGACAGUGAGGGGUCAGAGGCCGUGCUGGGAGCGGCGGUGUUCCUGGGGAUGAGGGAGGCGGAGCGUCACCUGAUAGACAAGUCUGACAGCCAACGGGAGAUGAGGAUAGAGUCAGCCUCACCUACCACCUCCCCCCAUUGCUUACCGUCACCCCACAGCCCAGAGGCGUUCAAGCCCUUGUCCUGCGUUUCUGGAGGGGGCUCGGUAGAGAGGGAGGAGGAGAGGGAAGGAGAGAAGGGGGAGGAAGAAGAGUGGGGAGAUCCAGAAUACACCCCUUCCUCCCCAAGCCCCCCAACAUCCCCCCGAAGAGGAGCGAGGAAAAGAAAGGGAAGAAAGCCCAAAGCCACACCUCGCAACCAGACCUCACCUGGAAACCAAACCUUGCCUAGCAACCCAACAUCACCUAGCCAUGACGACACCCAAGAUGACGCAACAGUCCCCCAGCCUCAGAGGGGCAGGGGGAGAGGGAGAGGAAGGGGAAGGGGGAGAGGAAGGGGGAGGGGAGGAGGAAUGAGGAGGGAUCUGUCUUUGAAGGAGUCAGACCUUCAGAUCGUUGAGGAGAAUGAGACAGACCUCAGCCCUUCAUCAUUGAAACCUGUCAAGAGGCAAAGGAGGAGCAGUGGAGAGAGGAGAGGAGUGAAGAGAGGGAGAGGCAGAGGAAGAGGGAAACUGGAGAACAGAUCGAGCGAUGGAGAGGGGGAUGAGGGGAAGGCUGGGUUGAAGAACCAACAGGUGAAAGAGAAGCCAGUGUGUGCUGAGUGUAACAAAGAGUUCUCUGAGAUCAGUAGUCUGAGGAGACACAUGAGGAUCCAUAAAGGAGUGAAACCUUUCCAGUGUCUCUUCUGUUCCCGAGCCUUCACACAGGGAAACCAGCUCAAGACUCACCUCCGCAUACACACAGGAGAGAAGCCGUUUGCAUGUUCUCAGUGUGACAAGGGUUUUGCCCAGAAGUGUCAGUUGGUGGCUCACUGUCGAAUGUACCAUGGAGAAGAGAAACCUUACACCUGUGAACAAUGUGGGCUGCAGUUCGCUACCUCAUCUAACUACAAGAUACACUGCAGGAAGCACAGUGGAGAGAAGCCGUAUGUGUGUGAACAGUGUGGGAAGGGUUUUGCCCAGGCCAGCACUCUGACCUAUCACAUGAGGAUCCACACAGGAGAGAAACCUUACCAAUGUGACGAUUGUGGGAUGGCCUUCUCCGUCUCUUCCUCUCUCAUCACACACAAACGCAAACACACAGGUGAAGCUCCACACGAGUGUCUGGUGUGUCAGAAGGCCUUCAUUACCAAACGAGAACUCAACAAACACUCCCAUAUCCACAACGGUGGAGACCCAGCUGUUAAGCAGCGUGUGACAUGUGAGCUGUGCGGAAACACCUACGCUGGCCUGAGCAGCCUGAAGAAACACCAAGAGAGACAACACUUAGUUCCAAUGGCGGUUCCAGAAUGGGCUCUCCUCCACAACAUUCCUAUCGACCACCAGGGGCUAAUCUCCCGCGAUGCGCCCAGCCCCAUGCACGAGGAGCCAGACAACCCUGACCUCGAGGAGCCAGACAACCAUGACCCCGAGGAGCCAGGCAACCCUGACCCCGAGGAGCCAGACAACCCUGACCCCGAGGAACCAGACAACCAUGACCCCGAGGAACCAGACAACCCUGACCUCGAGGAGCCAGACAACCCUGACCCCGAGGAGCCAGACAACCCUGACCUCGAGGAGCCAGACAACCAUGACCCCGAGGAGCCAGGCAACCCUGACCCCGAGGAGCCAGACAACCCUGACCCCGAGGAACCAGACAACCAUGACCCCGAGGAACCAGACAACCCUGACCUCGAGGAGCCAGACAACCCUGACCCCGAGGAGCCAGACAACCCUGACCUCGAGGAGCCAGACAACCCUGACCCCGAGGAGCCAGACAACCCUGACCUCGAGGAGCCAGACAACCCUGACCCCGAGGAGCCAGACAACCCUGACCUCGAGGAGCCAGACAACCCUGAACCAACAUCCCCUAACUUGAGCCCAAACCCUCUCAGUGUUCUAGUGGAACAGCUGCGUACAUCUUCCUCCAACUUCUCUUCCCCACUCUCCCACUGUGAUCCAGCCUACCCUGUCGAAGACAUGGAGCAGAUCAUCAUCAUUAGAACUUUGGACAAUGACCCCUGCCCUGACCCCUGACUCAACCACCUCUGACCCCCUCACCCAGAUCCUAACAUUACUCUCUCAGGCUUGGAGUGGAUCCACCCUUUUUGAAUGGAUCAACGGGACCUACAGGAUCCAAUAUGAAUCAGCUGUAGUGUCAGAUAUAGAAUUGUGAAUAGUGUGGAUGUUGACAAAUCAUAUAUGUAAUCACAUUUACAUUUUAGUAAUGUAGCAGAUGCUCUUAUCCAGAGUGACUUACAGUAGUGAGUGCAUACAUUUUUGUAAUUCACUCCAUCUUUUCAUGAAAUGAACUCAUUCAGAUCUAAACAUUUAUUUUAUUGUAUGUGUUAAAUGUUUAUUACUAGAGGUAAUCACUGAGGACCUACCCACAGAACAGCCAGGUUCACCAUCUCCUGACUUUGCACUUCUCUACACAUCCUGAAUCGUCCUCUGUUUAAUGUUCUGGUUUUAAUCCCACGUCUCAGUAACAUGGGGCUUAAUGUCUUAUGGAAUCUAGAGGUAGUAUUGAGAUGGAUGGAUAUUUAUGAAAAGUCAAGGUUUUUAAUUCUUUAUUGGGAGGAAUACAUUGUGCUUUCUCAUCCUUUCCACAAAAGUACAUUAUCAUUAUACAGUGCCUUCAGAAAGUAUUCACACACCUUGAUUUUUCCCCAAAAAAUUGGUGUUAUAAAGUGGGAUUAAAAUGGAUUUAAUUGUAAUUUUGUGUCAAUGAUCUACACAACAUACUCAGUAAUGUCAAAUUGGAAGGAACAUUCUAAGAUGAGUAAAAAAAUAUAUAUGUGAAAAAUACAACACUUACAGUUGAAGUCGGAAGUUU